AUGACAGCGAGUCAUUCAUUACCAGUACUUAUGCGUGUACUUUCGGCAUCAUUGACAUUAGCUAAACGAGCUGGUCAACUCAUAAAAGAUGUACAAAUGUCUGGUAAAAGUCUUGAUAUAGUUGAUAAAGGGCACAACGAUCCGCAAACAAGAGCUGAUCGAGCUUCACAACAAUUAAUUAUUUCAGCAUUGGCACAACAUUUUCCGCAAUUAACUAUUCGUGGAGAAGAAAAUAUUACAAUUGAAAAUUCUUCAGACACACCAGAUAUCAAUGAAUUGGUUGAUGCGAAUUUACAAGAAGUUUUACAAGCAACAUGUCCAACUGAAUUUCACGAAUUGCAAGAGAAAGAUCUUGUUGUCUGGGUGGAUCCAUUAGAUGGAACACGAGAAUUUACUGAAGGUCGACUAGAAGGUGUAACUGUACUUAUUGGUUUUGCUACUCAGGGUAAUGCAAUCGGUGGUAUUAUUCAUCAACCAUUUUACACGGAUGGUAAUGAACAUGGACGUAGUGUAUGGGGAAUUGUCAAUUCGGGUGUGUACGGAAAAUGUGUACUCAAUAGUAAACCUUUAGCUGGUCGAAUUCUUGCUGGAAGUCUAUCUCAUCGUUCGAAGACUGUUAUAGAUGCUGUAAAUGCAUGUGAGCCUUCCGAAGUUUUACAAGCUGGCGGUUGUGGAUAUAAAGUUUUACUUGUUCUUGAACGUCGUGUUCAUGUUUAUGUGCAUGCAUCACGUGGUUGUAGUCUCUGGGAUACAUGCGCGCCAGAAGCAGUUUUAAAAGCUGGUGGUGGUAUGUUAACCGAUGUAUUUGGUAAUAAAAUAUCAUAUUUAUCAACGAAUGAAACAUCUGUAAAAACAGGUGUUUUAGCAACGAUGGAAAAUCAUGAUUGGUAUGCUCGACGAAUCCGAGAGACAAUUACAUUAUAA